UCAACCGGUCGAUCAAAAAUUACUCAAAAGACAUAUGCAUUAGCCAAUAUACAACUGAAUUACACAUGUUAAUUGCAAACAAAGAGUGCCGUGUUGUGAAAUCCACUGCAGUUAUUGCUGAGCUAAUCGUGACAGCUGCUGUCCGCCUACACAAAGCAGCAUCUUCACUGUCACUGUUAGCCAGUUAGCUCCUAGCUAGCUGUCAUCGUCAGUGAUGUUAUUGUAGCGAGUCUACCUGACUCUUGCUGACCUUCAGUGGCGAUUGGCCCCCACAGCCAUCUGUCAACAUGCAAGGAUUCUACUCCAAGCUGGACUCCUCCCCCGCCUCGUCCCCGUUAUUGGGGGUGGGCCUCGGGGGAGAAGGUGCUCCAGUACCUCUCAGCCUGGCUGUGGAGACGGAGAAAGCUCAGGCUCUCCUACAGACAUUCAGCUCCGCCUCUCUGCUGGCGUCUGCAGGACUUGGUAUGUUCUGUGUGGUGGCGGACCACGCCCUCCAGCUGUCUGUCAUCCAGAACCACCUGUGGCUGCGCGCUGCCUUAGACAACUCCACGCACGGAUUGGUGGGGCUGUGGUCAUGGGCAGUUGUUAUCGGACUAAGGAAAAAGAGCGAUCUGUAUGAGGUGCUGCUUGCCGGUCUUCUGGCAUCAAUCAUAGACCUGGACCACUUCUAUAUGGCUGGAUCCCUGUCACUCAAGGCUGCCGUCUCGCUCCCUCAGCGUCCUCCUCUGCACUGUUCCUCUCUCAUCCCCGUCCUCUGUCUCUCCCUCCGCUUCCUCAUGUGGAUCGGACGCCUCAAAGAUGCUUGGUGCUCCUUGCCGUGGAUGAUUUUCAUUUCCAUGGCGACGCACCACGUCCGGGAUGCCGUGCGCCGCGGCCUGUGGGUGUGCCCAUUCGGCAACACGGCGCCGCUCCCUUACUGGCUGUAUGUCAGCACCACGGCGACGCUUCCUCACCUGUGCUCUGUGCUCAUGUAUCUGACGGGAACCAGGGAUGUGAUCUCCACCAAACACGGGGUGGCCAUUGAUGUUUAGAAGUCACCACUUACCAACAACGUCUAACGCUGAUCUGGUAUCGAUCGCCUCUGGGCAAACAUGUUCGUCGCCGUUUGAAAAUAACUUUAAGAUAUUUGAAUUACCGGAGAAAACGUUUCUGGCACUAGACCCGAAUGGCAUUUAGAAGAUGAUGCUGAAAGAUUAAUAUUGAGACAUGUUUGUUCAGCUUAGUUGAAGAGAAAUGUUGGCUAAGAAUCCUUUUUUUUUUUUUUUUUUUCAGCCACAAGGAUGAGGAAACUGUCACUAAAUAAUAACGGGAAAAACAAAACAAAACAUACAAUUUGGGUUUCCAUAGAUGGAGACUGAGAUGGAUCUGUAAAAUAACAAAUUUUGAAAAAGGGACGUUCCGGUGUGAGUGCCAAUAAUGGAUUUGUUUCUUUGAUUUUUUUUCUGGUAUUAUGGAAAUGUAUCAGAAUCCUGUUCACUUAUGCAGUGUAAUGCCUAUCUUUAGUAACUGUCUUUAAGUGUUUAUGGAGUGACCCUUUAAAGCUUUGACAUAUCGUUUUGCAGAGGCUCGCGUGCUAUCAGUUCAUCUGCUCAAACCCCGAUAAGGGGCCGAGACUUCAUCAUCAUGCUUUCUUGGCCCCUGAACUCUAUCACUAUAUCCAUCCUCGUCCUAAGAUGGAACACUCAAGGAAAAGUCAACCAAAGCUCAACCACAGGCUGUAUGACACUCUAACGUAUAUUGUUAUCAGUGUCACUUUUCACCCUCAGUAUGUUACCACUGUUAUUCCACUGUACAUUUUAAAAUAGUGACAUUUAAUGUAUUGUGCAUUCAUUGUGGAGUGAUUUCUAAAUCGUCAACAUUCCAAUGACAGAUCCACCAUUAAUCACCACAAAACAAAUUAUCUUUGUCUGUUAACGCCUGUGCUAUCCAGCUGUCACCUCUCAGCCGCUUUAACAGACUCUAACUCUGCUGCUUGAAUAAGCCUUAUUGUGAAGCCACUCUUUGCAAAUCGGAGGUUUCAGUGCCAACCAUGUCAACCAUGGUUAUGGAUCAGGACUUUGUUGCUGUGUAACCUGGCAGUUUGUUCGUUUGUUCGUUCGUUUGUUUCUAAAAUUAGGCUAGACAUGGCAUCGGCAUUGUUGGAUUUAGCUGAAAACGCACAUCCUUAUUCUAAUUUCUGUUGGUUGUACUUGUUAAAAGUUGAAAAGGCUCUUUUAAAUCAACCUGGGGAGUGAGAAGUAUUCUACUUAUAAGAGAUGCUGGCCUCAAGAUGCUGUACAACUUAGGAUUGUUGGCUAGUUUUCUGACUUCCUACUGUACCAAUGCCAGAAAUUGUAUGUUUCAAACAGGAAAAUCCACUUUUGAGUAUCAUUUAUGACAUGUUGUGCCUCAGUUGUUGCAGCACAAGUUAAGGAUGUUGAACUGACAGAUGAUUUUGUACUUUACUGUCAGUGUGAUAAGUGUAUGGUGUCUCACAUGACCUCUAUUUUACAUCAAACAUGGAAAGGAUACGGGACCUGGAGAGAUGCUGGAUAAUUAUUUUUGAAGUUUUAAACAUUCAAGGGAAUUAUUUGUUUAAAAGUGUGUCCAUUGCCAGUAAUAUCUUCAUAUUUACAGAAAUAUAAAAUGAAAAAAAAAAUGUUAUUGCUGCAUUAACUUGUUGUAUAUUGUUCCACUGCAGUUUUUGAUAUGUUACUCUAAUUAAAUGAUUGAUACAGUGCAUAAUACAUACUGAAAUUCCCAGUUGGCUUUUAUUUUUGUUUAUUUUAACUAUUUAUCACACAUGAAUAUCAUCAUCCACUUAGACUUAGAACAUUUAGAGGUAGAAGUCAUUACACUGUUUUAGAUGUAGACCAAUCAAACACAUUAAUUAAUGAACUUAACAGUAUUGUUUGCUAUAUUAUACAUGAUGCAUAAUAAUAUGUGGUAAAAAGUGGAUUUAAUAGGUUUUAAAGGUAUUCUAGUUAUUGAAGGUGAUUGCUUUUAGUAUAAAAGGGAUGGUGGACCCCUCAAGACGUUUCUAACAGUCUGCUUCAAUCUUGAAUUGAGACAUAUUUUAGUUUAUGCUGAAAACAUAAUCCCAGUAUUCUUAAAUAUCGGCCACAAAUAAAUAUUUUAAUUGAGUUUUUUUUUUUUUUUUUGUGGAGCUGCUGAUUGUAAGGAUGCAGUUAGGCUUGCUGUCCACUAGGUUGCUGCACUGAGCUGUAUGGAUUCACAAUUUGUUAAUUUGGUACUAAUCAUGUCCUAAAGUAUGAGAUGUUAUGGAAAAGAAAAUGUAUUUUUAGUUUUGGUACGGUCUUUGUGUUUUUUUUUUAUCUGCUGGAAUUGCACAUCAUCUGUGUUUUAAUUCUGGAAAUAUUUCCCUUUUCUGGAUUGGAAACUAUAUUGGAAACUGUACUACACCUACUUAACUGAAAGUCAGUUUUAGGAAGAAAAGUUUACACAAUUCCAUUUUAAUUACCAUUUAGUUAUCAUUUUGAGUAAAAUGUGAUCUCUUUUACUGCUGCUUCUGUUUACAAUGUAAUGACCUUCAUUUAUGCAAUAUGUUGAAUUUUGCACAUUUUAAGUUUUUUUUGUUUAAAUUCUGUUCUGUAUUUGUUGAAUGUUUUUUAUGACAGUUUUGAUUUCAAUAGUAAUAAAGUAUAGAUAGUAACAAGAUAGUUUUAAUGUAGUGUUCUUUUUAUCUCAAUAAAAUAUAUCCUGUGUAUAUA